ACGAAUGUCGCGUGGCGAGCUCCACGGAUGUUAUGAGCUUGUUACUUUACGUCUAGGCCCUAACGUCACCUAAUGUAAAAUUUCUAGAUAUUAUUUGACCAGCUAGCUUUCUCUCUCUGCUCAGGUGCCAGGCGUGGGGAAAUGUUUAAACACAAUUAUCAGGGUGGAGCUGGGGUGGAGGUGUUCAGCGGACAAGGCAAAGAUCCCGUGGCCAAGUGGAAACUUUGUGGAGGCCAGUCUGCCAUACGUAAAGUGUUUGAUAAAGAAGUCAAAGGAUUUGUUUACUGUCUGGAAGGUAGCAGCAAGACUGUGAAGAUGCAAAUGCCGGAGAAUGGGAAAAUGUCAUUGGGACUUCUGCAAAGAUUCUUGGCCCUUCAAGUGAAUAUUCCUCAAGGCAAAGACUUUUCUAUGGAGCUUGUAAUAACUGAUGUUGGCCACCUGAAACGACGACUCUAUUUAUCGACCGUGCAUAAAGAGUUGUCUGCCACACUCUGGCAUGCAAAACUACCUCUGGCAAGAUUGAAACGCAAUAUUUGGACCACGUUGUUUGUCGAUCUUGUGUCCUUCACCGGAGAGUCGUUCAAGGCCGCCAGAUUUUUGUCCCUGGAUGGCAUCACCUUGUUUGCCAGCUGUAAAGUGCGGAGAAUCUUCACUGUGAAAACGGAGCCAACUGUAAUGACAAGUGAUGAUAUGUUUCUCAGUGGGGCCAGUGUUAUGGAUCAGAUCCCGCGCAGCUGCCAGUUUCCACCAAACGUUUGCCACGAGUGUCUGGUUCUGAACAUGGCAGUCUUGCAGAAGGCCGAUUUGAGGACAACUCAUGCAAGCGUCGACUGUGGACCUGACCAGCAUCCUGCUGCCAGAUCAGCCACUUCUCACAGAAGCAAGCUUCAGGCAGUUCCACACACAGCCUCAGGCUCGAGAGCCGCAGCACCAGCAACACAUGCUGGAAGAAAAGGCGGCCCAGCCGCAAAUGGGUUGGAAAAAGGAGAACCCUGUAACGAAAAAACGGCAUACUUAAAUCCGACAUUUCAGCAAUUUAAUGCACUCAUUGGAGAUGCAGAACCAUCACACCAUCAUCAAGAGGGAGCACCCUCUAGCUUGCAGCCACAUCCUCCAAGAGGCAAAGUGCUCAACAAGCAAGCAUCCGAGAGGAGAAUGUUACGCGUCCCAAGAACAACACCAGAGAGGCUUGAAGGGCUGCUGGAAGAGCAUGCUCAUGUUGGCCACAGCAGGAGAAAUGAGACCAGAGAGAAAUACAUGCCUCCAUCAAGUGGACUGGAGAGCAGACAAGAACCUUUGACCCCAAAAGAAACGACAGAGGUCCUAAAAGCAGACGAAAGCAGUUUGAAUUCGAGUUCCAUAAUUCCGCCACCCACACCAGCAGAGCCUAUCCCUGGCUCGACCCUGCCAGCUUCCUCUCCUGACCUGCAUGUCCAGAGCCGCUGGGAGAGUAAUGAUGAGGAGCCCGAGCUGCGGCACACUCUGCGGGAGGAGGUGUUCACUUUCGCGUCCCCGCCCCACUCACCCAAAAGAGGCCAAGGCCGGGGUGAGCAGAAGAUGGAGAUGAGAGGCCAUCAGGUUCAAAGCCCAAAUGGGACACGCAGUGAGGCCCAGCCCGAAGAUGAUUUCAUUGGCAGUGAAAGCGAUGAGGAAAUAGGCUACACUGCAUUCUCACAAUUAACAUUCAAUGCAGACUCCACUCCUGACAUUUCCCAAUGCCUUGAUCCAAAUUUGGGCCUUGAAGUCCAGCCUGAGGAUCACAACACUGAGGACACAUCAGUAGAAACUCUUUGUCCAGCUGCCAGUGAUAUGCACCUGCACGCUCCAUCCAGCAAGCCAGCUGGAAAUGAUGGGAUGUCUCCCGGACACCGUCACGCACCCUGUGGUACCAAACAGGAUGAGAGGUGUGGGUCAGGUGGAGCAGGAGGAGGAAACCAGUGUGUGGAUUGGAACAACAGCGUAUCACUGUCGAGGAGCCUUCUUCAAAAAGUCUCACUGGAUGAUCCGCUCAAGGCGGAAGACAACACAAUGCAGCCUGGUGAUUCUGGUGAUGAGCACAUAAACCCAGCCAGCAGUCUACAAUUGCAUCAGGGGGAUGAUGACGAGCUCCAGAUGCUUGCAAGUCUAAAAAGGCAGCAGGAGGAAGACAAAUACAAAGCCUCUGGCCUCAGUGCAUCUCAGAUCCACCAGUGUAAGGUCAGCAUGAGCCAGAGCAGUGAGGACACGUCUACCUGGACGCACAUUUCCAUGCCAGCUAAUCAGGGUCACCACUACCAAAAGGAAAUGAACCCACUCCGGUCUUCAAAUGCCAGGAAAUGCAUCCAAACUAAUCGGGAGAAGGUUCAUCAUUCAACAAGACAAUGACCCAAAACACACUGCCAACACAACAAAAGGAAAAAGUGGAAGUUCAAGUCAAUCACCGGCGCUUAACCCAAUAGAGCAUGUAUUUUACCUCCUGAAGAGGAGACUGAAGGGAGAAACCCCCAGAAACAAACAAGAACUGAAAGAGGUUGCAGUAAAGGCCUGGAAAAGCAUUACAAUGAAGAAUGUAACAGUCUGGUGAAGUAAAUGGGUCGCAGGGUUGAUGCAGUUAUUGCAAGUAAGGGUUAUGCCACAAAAUAUUAAAUAUUGUUCACUUCAAGUUAAUUUAAUAAUGUCUGUUCCAAUACUUUGGCUCACUUGAAAAGUGGGUGGCUUCAAACAAAAGGUGCGCUGUCCUGAGUUGUUUAACACAUCUAGAUGUAAAGACCAUGAAAUAAAAGGUGAAAUUCUGAACUUUUGUCUCAUAUUCAUCUUUUGAGCUGAAACCCAAAUGUGUUAAGUAUACAAAAAAAAAAAAAAAAACGAAUUGACCUUGCCGUUCCAACACUUUUGGAGGGGACUGUAUAUCUUAAAAUUUGACCAUGUUCUACUUAUUUGUCAAUCCUCACCGGGUGCGACAACUCCUCUUGUAUGAAAAAAGUAUAGCUUUAUAUUUUGUUUCUGAAUUUAUAAAAACCCACAUCUACUUGGGUAACAAUGAUUGCACAGAAAAUUACAAUUUGUGCAGAUAAAUCGAUUUUCCUGCCUUGAUGGGGUCUGUAUUUUUGUUUUAUUGCAUCCACAUAAAACGGUGAAAUGAAACACAUGAUAACUGACUGCAGAAUUAAGGCUAAAUGUCAGCUGUCAGAUGCAGACGGGGCCUCAUCU